UGGAAUAGUAUAAGACUCUGAAUCACAUAAGUGUUGGUUGAGAAAGACAUAGUGCUAUUGAAAGUGAAGUAGUCUGUUAACUUUGCUUUGGCUUCUAACAAAAAGGUUUUUGAUUUAGAAGAUACCCUGUAGCAGUCUCCCACUGGAUGCAGUGAGGGGAAUGAGAAUCCCCGAGUCUCCAGCUAGAAACACCCAGGACACCUAGGAGAUGGAGAAAAGAGAACUAAAGGUUUCUGUUCCAAGAUUUGACAAGAUUCCGUGGUUUAGUGAGGCCAGCCUCAUAAACAAGCCAUUAGCGCUCAGCCUCCCGAAAAGAUAUCCUCAUUCCUCUGCCACUUUUCUGGUUUCAUCCAAGAAGGCUAUGAAUUUGCCAAUUUUGUUCCAAGUUCCAGAUGUCUUAUCUAAGGCCGGGAGGAACCGGAGAGACCCCACGCUGAUCAGAAACAAGCAGCUGUGCUCCACGUGUCGAGAAAUGAAAACGGUAGUCGUGGAGGAUGGCAGACAUGGCGUGAGCAUCCCCAGGGCACAGCUCUACCCCUUCCCCACCAAAGCCCGGCAGAGAGACAGUGACGGGGCCUCGCAGGAAGGGCUGCAGAUGAGCAGCUGCUGGUCCUGGGAACACCGUCUCCUGACACGAUAUGUCAGAAUGAUGAGCCUUCAUCCACCAAAGGCCCAGACUGUACCCAAACGUCCUCGUGAUGACAUCCCAACAGAGGGCGCUCGCUACAGACUGCCCAUCCUGGGCCCCAGAACAGCUGUCUCCCGUGGACUGCUGUCAGAUGCCUACAACACUCUGCAGGACAUGCAACUCUCUUCCUUGCCCAGAAAGGAACCAGUGGGCAAGACAAUGAGGCAGUGAGUGGUCGGAGCUCAUCCCCUUCCAGACUCUCAGAGAGAAAGCAUCCUCACCAAGCCAGUUUCUGACACUAGUGCCUUCUCAUCACUUCCUCUUAGCAUGAAAAAGAUGACUCAGGGGCUUCCCCGGUAGCGCAGUGGUUGAGAGUCCGC